UUGAGGGAAUGGCGGGAGAAUCAGAAAGUCCAACGCCAAGCGCCGACGAUUAUUCUCCUUAGCGAUACUUUCAGCUUGAAGAAGAAGAAGAAGAAGAAGAUGGGAUCAUGGUUCCACCCGGACAUAUCACUGGAGGAAUUCAUGAAACUGAUAAAAGGGUUCGUAGAUAUACUCAUUCUGACAUCUGGGUAUCAGUCUUCUGGUCGUAUUGCUCACUGGGAUCCCCUUAACAUCAAGAAAGCUUUCCAAUGGGCUUUCUUCUUUGAAAAUGUCUUGAGAACUUUGAGCUGCUUGGACAAUCACCAGGAAUCUGUCAAGGAACUUGAUGCAGCUCUAUCUGAAUUGACAUCUGAUGCUUCUUUCCCUCAGGGUUUCACACAUCUGUCAUCAGCAACUCUUACUAUGGCGAGAGGGUUUUUAGUAGAACAUUUCAUCCAUGCUUUACCAUUGAGAGAUUCACAUCUUAGAGCUUUUUUGAAGGCAAUUAUCGAAAUGGAUCUUGAUGAGCUCUCAGGAGCAGAGCAUGAUCGCUUGAGUGUAUAUCUGAACAAUCUGAAGCUGCAAGAGUCAUUUUCCUCUGAUCAGAAUAGAAUGUUUUGUAACGAAGAUUUAAUUACCUCUCCAAGCUUCUAUUUGGCUACUGAGGCAGGAGAAUUUAAGGGUAAUAGUUUCACAAAAUAUACAGUUCAAAAGCUACUGAAGAGAUUGUCUGCAGUGUCACAGAUAUCGACAAUUGAGAGUGGCUUAAAGACCAUUUCUAACAACAUUAGAUGUAGCAGUUGGAGUGAGUUUGAUGAUAACUUGUUCAAGGAAUUAAUGAAGCAGAACGAUGCUCCAGCGAUUGUGGAGCAGCUGGUUGGUUUUGUGACAUGGAACCAUUGGAAAUCAAAGAAUCUUAGUUAUUUUCUUGACAAGAGAGCUAUUCAUAUGGUCUCAGGUGCCAGCAUGAUAUUUUCUGCUCCAAAGAUUCAGUGGGUGCAAGUUCUUGACCGGCUGAAAAUUUCAGCAGAAAGAAGUGAUGAUGAUUUCCGUGACACAGUUGAGCUCUUGUUACUUGGGUGCAUCUCAAAUAGGUGGACUUAUUUUAUUGAGCAUUUGAUGUCAGUUUCUUACUAUCCCAUUACGACUUCAGAGCAAUUUCAAGAAGUAUGCAAGUUACUUCCUGGGAAAUUUCAAACAUUCGAGUCUAAACAGGAAACAGUGAAUUCAAAGGAAAGUGAUAUUUUUGAGUAUUUGACGGGAAUAUUGAGUGGUCAACUGCAUCCACUGUGGAAUAUAUCCCCUGCCCUUGCAGCAGUUGCAAUUCCAUCCUGGUCACUCCUGUUUAGAUUUUAUAUAAAUGAAUUGGAAAUUCAAUUCAGAGGAGAUUUCUCAACGAUGAGAUGCUGCAGUUGUAUUGAAGAUAAGAAGGAACACAAUGAUUGUGAUCUUGCCGAGAGAAUAUGGUGCCUCUAUAUUUUUCAUGUUUAUGUUGCUCGGCAAAUGCAUGGUCCCAGUAGUGUUUGAUGCCUUGCUGGUAAAAAAUUGACCAGCUCAAAAUGAAAGCUUCAAACUUUGGGAAGAGAAGUGCCAUCUCUAGUUCUGCAGGAACGGUAGUUGGCUUUCAAAGAAGACCAUCUUAUGACUGCUGCUGCCACAAUGCAUCAUAUCUUUUAAGGCAGCUGGUUUGGAGAUUAAAGUCGCACUGGAAACGAG